GGAACCUCUCCUAUAAACACUCUGUCUUCUAAGGCAUGUAUUCUUUUUUUCAAAAGACGCCAUCCAGAAGAACAAGCUCACUGAAACUGUAUGCAAUCUUCCAGAACUAUGAAUGAGAAGACUGUAUGUUGAAAUUUCCAACUGCCUUCCAGAUUUCAACCAGUCUGGGAACUGUAAGCAGCUAAACAGACGCAUGCAUCUUUAUUGCUGAAGUCUCAGUCACCUGUAGGGUUAAAGUGGCAGCUAAGAAGGCAUUUCCGGAAGCUCUCCUCCUCCUCGGCAUCGUCAGGAGCAGCAGCAGCAGCAGCCCUGGCAGGAGCCAGAGCCCAGCAGCCAGGGCUGCAGCCAGCUGCCUGCGGUCCCCUUCCUGCACUGUCACCCUGCCACAGCACCAGCACAGCCCCUGCUGCUCCCCAGAGCAGGGAAAAACAGGGGAGAGGGAGCCGAGGGAGGUGCACUGCAGAGGGAUCCCAGACAACCCAGGUGAUGACCUGAAAAAAUCAUGUCUGAGGUCCAGGGAACUGUCGAGUUUUCUGUGGAGCUACACAAAUUCCAUAAUGUGGACCUCUUCCAGGGAGGGUAUUACCAGAUAAGAGCAGGACUGAAGAUCCCAUCCAGGAUUCCCCACAGGCUGUUUGCUACAAUCGCAGGACAAACAGGUGAUUCCAGCCUUUGCUCAGCCUGCGUUCAUGAAAACAACGUUUACAGCAGAAUAUUUCAGAUUUUAUACAGAAAUGAAGAGAUCGUUCUCAAUGAAUCAAUGAACUUCAGAGUGCACCUGCUUCUGGAUGGUGAAAGGGUGGAAGAUGCAUUGAGUGAGGCAGACUUUCAGCUCAAGUUGGACCUGCACUUUACUGAUAGCGAACAACAGCUGAGAGACAUUCCAGCGAUCCCCAUGAUCAGCAGCCGUACAAUGUGUCUUCACUUCCAUGCCCGGAGAGGUCUGCACCACCAUGUUCCUGUCAUGUUUGACUAUUUCCACCUGUCAGUGAUAUCUGUCACGGUGCAUGCAUCACUGGUAGCAUUACACCAGCCUCUAAUCAGUUUUACUCGACCAGGGAAAGGUUCAUGGCUUGGUAAAGGCAAUCUGGAAGUGGGACCAGACCAGUCCAGUAUGUCAUUAGAAAAUCUAGUGUUUGGAGCUGGCUACUGCAAACCUACUUCUUCAGAGGGCAGCUUUUAUGUCCCAUCUGAAAACUGCAUGCAGCAUGCAUACAAAUGGCAUAAGGACCUCUGUCUUCUGCUCCUCAAUGCUCAAAAAGGACUGCAUAUGUACUACACCCUAAUAAUGAAGGAGAUUCCUGAUUUACCACAGCUGAAAUUGGAGGAGCUAUCUGUGGAAGAGACAUUAUCUCAGCUUUUUACGGAACUGCAGCUGCUGAGCAAUCCAGAGAAGACAGCAGAACAGAUAAGCAAGGACCUCACCUGGCUUUGCUCCCACCUCCUGGCCCUGUGGACCCAGUUCCUGGAGGUGGUAACACUCCAUCCAGAAGUCACUGCUUAUCUAGCUCAGGAACACCACAUGCUAAGGGUGAGGAGAUUCUCAGAAGCCUUCUUCUACACUGAGCACCAGAAAGUAGAUGCGCUUACGUUCCAGGAAGGCCUGAUCCAAAGUCAUGGACAGAUUUCUACAGAAAUUCGUAAUUCUGAGUACUUCACCAGCAUGCCCCCACUUCCAGCAGAAUGCCUCGAGAUAGAUGGGGACUGGAACACGCUCCCAGUUAUCUUUGAAGACAGGUACAUGGAUAUGCCUUGCAAAGAUCAGAAUUUGGAAGUUUUUCCAGAUUUUGAGGCUUCUGAAAACACUGAAACGGAUGUAAUGGAUGACAGUGAAUAUUUGACAUCAAAUGAUGCCACUGCAGUAAUGAAAGGAGACAUUGGGAAAGGUACUCUGCUAAUACACACAGACAGGAUAAACAAGAAUCCCUCCUGCAUGUACAGCAGUACUGAAGGUGCUGCUUAUACAUCUAAGGGUUUAAACCAGCAUUCCACAUCUCAGGUAUGUACAGCGAACAAAGAAGACCAAAGGAAACCUGAAAAUAUUUUUGUUUCAAGUAAGGGAACUACUUUUGACUCAGAGAAAGGCAAUACAGAAUGCACUUCAGACGACUUUAAAACACCCAUGGAAGUUCUAUUAAAAGACAAUACAUUUGUGGCAGAUGUUAAUUAUGGAGAUAUGAAACCUAGCAAUAAGGAUUCCCACAAAAGUGAGACCAUGUUAAAUGUCAGUGCUCAGUAUGAGGGUGAAACAUUUAGAACUGAUGGCUUGGAAGACAGGACUGAAAUACAGGAAAUAUACGAAUCUAGUCAUCCUGAGAAUAAUUUCACUUCAUCUGACCUUGCACUGAAUGAAUUAACCAGUCUUGAAAAAACAGAAAAUCCAGACAACAAGGCUCUGCUCCCUGUUUUGAAAACUAUGCCCACAAACACUUUUGAAGUGAAAUUGUUCACAAAGGAGCAACGAGGUGAGGAGAGUGAAGAAUUUACCCUGACGUCAGGGGUUAUAAAAAGAUCCUCCUCUGUAAUAUCUGAUUCAGGAAUUGAAAGUGAACCAAGCUCAGUGGCAUGGUCUGAUGCUCGUCGCCGGGCAUUGGAACUUCCCAGUGAUCGAGAGAUCUUGCACCACUUGGUACGAAGACAUGUCAUCCACCGAAAUUCCCUGGAGGGUGGCCACACAGAAAGCAAUACCAGCUUGCCCAGUGGGAUCCAAGCGUCUCUUACAUCCAUUAGCUCUUUGCCUUUUGAGGAAGAGGAGAGGGAAAUGGAGCUUACCAAGCUGACCAAAUCUGUCUCAGCUCCUCAGAUCAGUAGCCCAGAAGAGCCUGUGGAGGAGGUGGAUAUAUCCAAACACAGUGAAGUAAUCUCAGGAGGUUCAGGAGGAAGCUUCAAGAGUUGCACAGAAACAGAGGAUGGAGAUGGGCAAUUAGUCAUGAACUUUUCACGGUGUCAAGCAACAAAUGAAAGUGGACAAUUAGAACCAAGAGGACAUCUCAAACCUUCUGUCGAACACAGUAGCAAUAACAUUCAUUUACAAGGUGAGGAGGUGAAGGAAGGUUUUCCAGAGACUUAUUGUAGUUUGGAGAGUGCAAGGCUACCUGUUUGCCCAAAGCUGCUCAGAGAUAAUGUCUCUGAAUGCCAGUCACUGGAGAGCAAUGAUGAAUGCAGCUUAAAAACUCCAAGCGUUUGUAACUACUUGGACAAAAACAUGGAUAAGUUUGAUACAUGUAUCGAGGAUCCAAAGGACAAACUUAAGCCACACAAUUUAAAAAUACAACAAGGCUUUUACUCCAAUAACAGAACUUCAGGAGAGGAGAGUUUCUCAGAAAGAGUAAAGCUGGAAGCAGAUUUUCACUAUUCUGUUCCAGCUCCUUCAGAGUCUUCAACUGAGUUUGGCUCAAUGCAGGGAGAGUGUGGUAGCUCUCUUGCUGCUGAGAGCCCGGCAGUCUAUGCAGAAAUGCCAGCAUUACAAGAAAUUGAGCUCAAUGACUCACCUGCCUCAGCAGACCCUGCUGCAGGAUACUACCAGGCUGAAUGUCCUAAGGAACCUGACAGCCAUGAACAUAAACUUCAGGCUAAUGGCACUGAUUUUCAUUCAGCUACAACAGAGGGAGUAGCCCUGGAAAGCAGAAAGGCUGUUGAUGUGGUUAACCUGUCUGUCUCUUGCACAGCCACGUGUCUUCCCUUUUCUUCUGUGCUCAAAGAAACACCUGCUGUGGUCGGUUUCUCUACAAAGCAGGCUGCAUUCCCCAUCACACGCCAGCCUUUGGGCUCUUUUGGAGUUGUCUCUUCUAAUUCAAAUGAAGUGGAUGAAGAGAUCAAUGAAAGGAUGCUGAAUUUUUAUCAGGCCAAAGAGAAAUUUAAAAAAGAAAUGAAGAUUGAAGGAUUUCUGUACAGUGACUUACCUGUACUAGCUUCUGAUAUCCCAUAUUUUCCACCAGAGGAAGAGGAAGAAAAUCUGGAAGAUGGAAUUCAUCUAGUUGUCUGUGUCCAUGGAUUGGAUGGUAACAGUGCAGAUCUGCGGCUGGUAAAGACUUUUAUAGAACUGGGACUCCCUGGUGGAAAUCUGGACUUCCUAAUGUCUGAAAGAAAUCAGACUGAUACUUUUGCUGAUUUUGAUACAAUGACUGACCGAUUAUUGGAUGAAAUUAUUCAGCAUAUCCAGUUGUACAACCUCUCCAUAUCCCGAAUAAGUUUUAUUGGACAUUCCCUUGGUAACGUCAUUAUUCGAUCUGUACUAACUCGCCCCAGGUUUCGCUAUUACCUCAACAAAUUACACACCUUCCUUUCCCUCUCUGGACCUCAUCUGGGAACCCUGUACAACAACAGUACUUUGGUUAGUACAGGUCUAUGGCUCAUGCAAAAGUUGAAAAAGUCAGGGUCACUUUUGCAACUGACUUUCAGGGACAAUGCAGAUCUACGCAAAUGUUUCCUCUAUCAGCUCAGCCAAAAAACGGGUCUUCAGUACUUUAAAAAUGUUGUGUUAGUGGCUUCACCUCAAGACAGAUAUGUACCAUUUCAUUCAGCAAGAAUAGAAAUGUGCAAAAAUGCACUUAAGGACAGACACACAGGUCCUGUUUAUGCAGAAAUGAUCAACAACCUGCUUCAGCCUUUGAUUGGGGCAAAGGAUUGCACUUUGAUCAGACACAACGUGUUCCAUGCUCUGCCAAACACCGCCAACACAUUGAUAGGCCGGGCUGCUCACAUUGCCGUGCUGGAUUCUGAACUUUUCCUGGAGAAGUUUUUCCUUGUGGCAGGACUCAACUACUUCAAAUAGUGCCUGAAGUACAGGGUAACAGAGGCAAAACUUGAGAAGAAUGGAGAAGAAUCCCUUAGCCAAAAGACUGCAGUGUUCGAAAUGAGAUCAGGUGGGACUUCCAAACUCUCAAUUUCCACUUCUGUUUCAGAGAAUAAAGUGCUAUGGCUUUAAGACAUACAAGCUUCCAAAUACUGGUGCUUUUGGAAGAAAUAGAUAUUCCUCUUCAGUUUCUGUAUUCUUUGUUCAAAUAAAGACAUGAGCCACUUCUGAAGUACAGUAUCAGAGUAAGAAGGCUAAAUGUGAUUGGACCAAUAUGAUUCCCAUUUCUCCUGAAUAUUAACCCAGGAACUUGGCUGUCCUUGAUUUAAUGCUUAUUUACCUAUUAACAAAUACGUAUUUGUAGCACUUUUGGGUAGCUAACACAAGAGGAAACAAGCAUAUAUGAACUCAGGUUAAAACCUACUUUGUGAUUAACUGAGUAGUCUAAAAAACAUUUAUGAAAGUUUCAAUGUUUUCAUUUGUUGAAAGAAAAUAUUUUGAUGUUUCCAUUACUGGUAAUUAUUUGUAACAUAAGUACAUUCAAAUAAUGGAAAAAAGUGAUAUAUUUAACAUAGAACAAAGAAAUCUUGAUAUCUGUCUUUUAAAAAAAAAGAAAAAAAAGAACCCCAAAACUUUAAGUAGGGAAGGAUUUUUUUUUCGAAUUAGAAGUGACCAAACCAAGAGGCUUCUAUUGGGUUAUUUGUAACAUAACAGUGGCAUCUGUUAACAUUUCUUCCAUUUACUUUUAUAUAGGAUCAUCAUUGUGCUUGUUAUAAUCCUAGAGGUAAAAUUUUUACAUUUGCAUUUGUAUCCCAGUACAUUUACUCCAACAAAUCUUUAUUUUUUUAUAAUGUAUUACUCUGAUAUGAAAUUCAAAAUCUAGCCAAUAAUACCCUUACAAAACCAAAUCAGAUGAAAAUAGGCUGGAGGGAUAGAGUGGUAAGGAUUGUGGAAAGCUUAAAAAAUGUAAGGAUGUCUCCUUAGGCUGCUCUGCGAAGUUAUACUAAUUCUCAUUUACAGUGUUAUAUAAAGUUCUAAUUAUUAUAUAUUAUUACAGGUGGUUGAAACAUUUGAAACUUUAUUCAUAAAAGGAGAUACAAGGUUUUUUUAAGGGUUUGGAAAAGUACCCAUUUUUCACUUUUUUAGGUUUAUUUUCAAUUUCUCAUUAAAAUUUUUAACAAAAGGUUAUCAGAUUUAAAGUGACAAAUUUCAAUAACUUCUAUACAUCUUCAUAGUAUUUUGAUAAAUUUUCAAUAUCACGGCAUUCUUUUUUUCAAAAAAGAGAAAGUGAAUAAUUCUCUACAAUUACGUUUAUUUGGAAGGCAGACCAUUUUUUUAAUGCCAACAUUAUUUGUUUAAAAACAUAAGCGACCAACCCUCUAUAUCUUGUGACACAAACUAUAAAGAAAUGACAGUAGUGUUUUCAAGUAUUUAAAAUCUUGUCAGUAAAUUAAGAUCAAAAUAGUGGAGAUUUCUGAAAUGAGAGUCAAAAGUUGACAACAAAAAUCCUUGCAACCACAGAGAAAUAGCUAUACAUGAAAAAGUAAAACUAGGUUUUCUUUACAAAAGAAGAAAAAAGGAAUACUUACACAAAAUUAGUUCAAGGAAAGAGUUGCUAGCAGGCUGGUUAAUGCUGCUAAAGAACAAGACUGGUUUGACAAUGUAGAUGUGCUUUUAAAACAGGAGGAGGAAGAAGGAAGAUACAAAAAGGUGAGACUAAAAUCAGCUGAAAAUUGGAAGGCAUAUUACACCUAAAAAUCAUCUGCUCCUCAAAGGGGUAGAAAUUAUAUAGAAACAGUUAGAUGGUACAUCUCAAUACUGACAUUUUAAAAAUAAUUAAAUAUUACCUCAGUACUUAAAUUAAAUAGGUAGUUACUAUUUUAUCCCUUUUUUCACUUUUAUAAAUUGACAGUUUAAAUCUAAAAGCUGGAUUUACCCCGUUAACUAAUAAGUUCUGUCUGGGAUCAAGAACUUCUGGUUCCCACUUCUUUUUUGGGAAGUCUUUAUCACUUUAUGGACUCAACAUUUUAGUGCCAGAUGAUAGACUUCCAUAUCACAGCUUACUUCUUCCUUGGUAAAUUGUUUACAGAGUUCUCAAUAUAAUUGGACACGUAGAUUAAGCUAUUAUGCAGUACAUUGGUGUUGAGUCACAGACAUGGACUUAGAGUCUUUUGAGUUGGAAGAAACCCUAAGUAUCAUUUAGUUCCAACCCCACUGCCAUGGGCGGGGAUGCUUCCCACUAGGCCAGGCUGCUUAAAGCCCCGUCCAACCUGGCCUUGAACAUUUCCAGUGAGGGGACAUCCACAAGGGGUAUGUGAGAAACAACAAAGUAUAACAAUCUCCAACCAUCAACAAGUUUCAGAGUGAUGUAUGAGUGUUUGCUCCUCUUUUAGAAAUUGUUUGUGAGUCUGCCAACAGAAGUUUUAUUUUAAAACAACAUUAAGAGAGGUUAGUUCACACAUAUGUACAUCUAUGGGGGCAGUGUUUAAAUUCUUAAGUGAAGCUGUCAUAUUCAGGAAGGAAGGAAGGAAGGAAGGAAGGAAGAUACACCAGCAAGGGUCCAUUUCACAGAAUAAUAGAAUGGUUUGCAUGGGAAGAGACCUUUAAAGGUCAUCCAGCGCAACCUCCUUGCCAUAGUCAACCAUCAGGUUGUUCAAAGCCUCCUUCAACCUGACCUUGAGCACUUCUCAUGAUGAGACAUCCACAAUUUAUUUCUCUGUGCAACCUGCUCCAAUGACUCACUACCCUCAUAAUAAAAGGAAUUCCUUAUAAAGAAUUGGAAAGCUCAACAUGGAGUAGUAUCAUCUCACUUAACUUUAGGAAACUGUAGUGCAGAUGUCUGUUUGUGGCCUAAUAGAGGAAGUUUAACUCCUUUUUAAUCAGUGGAAGGAAAUAUACACUUUUACAGUGUCACUUAACAGAUACAAAUUACUUUCCUGAUCUGAUUUUCUUUGUCUGUUCUUUUAACACUGACUACGCAGGAUAUCAGAUUUAGCAAUCUACUUGCUGGACACCUACAAUUGAUCAGAUGAAUCCCACACAGUGCUGCUAUUUUCCCCAAAGGCCCAAAGAAGGGAUAUUCUGCUUUGAAAUAGCUCCUGGCCCUUGAACUGGUCUCUUUUUUCAGUGACAAUUAUCUAGCUUGGAAUGGCACAGUAAUUCUGGAAGAAGGAAGAACUAAAACUUACCCAGUUUUAUGGACAAGUUCAUAGAAGAUCAUGCUGAACAGACACAAGGAUGCUUAGACUUAUUUUGAAUCUCUAUUUCAUACAUAAAUAAAAUUUAUAUAUAAGCAGUCUAUAGCAUUUAAAAGGAUUGGCAUUAACUAUUUUUAAAAAACUUAAACACUUGAAAACUGCGAUUUUAACAAUUCAGUGGAUAUUAUGUCUUUAUUAAUAGCUGAAUUAAUUUUUUCCACUAUUUUUUAUCUCCUCGAGCCCCACUUUUGAAAGGAUUAAAUCUCUUCUGAAAUGGAAGAUUUGUUUCUUGCAUAUGGAUGCAAUGAAAUUGUGGUAAUGACUAAGUGUGAGGAGACAAGGGACAGAAAAUUUUAAGGAUAGAAUUUAGCCUGUCUAAUUUCAUCACCUAAUUUGUGUUUAAAAAUUAGUUGCAAAAUGAAUUUGUUCUACUAAAACAAAAUAAAAGUUUGAAUUUGUCUAUGCAGUCAAUGAAGAGAGGUAGGUACUAUUGAAAGGCUGCAGGAGUGACCCUGUUUUCAGCAUUGGUAGAAUUUGGGGUUACUUACAUCUCUUUCCUGACCAGGGAUUUUAUAUGAUAAGACUCACAUUUUGAGUGUUUAAGACAUAGACAAAAAUUAGACGCUCAGCAUUUGUGGACUGAACAAUAUACUUAAUUAUUAUCACUAGAGUUUUUGAGACUUAGGUGUAAGUUUUAACUGUUCAGCCUGAUCAAAACGAAAACUGAAAUUAAUUAGGCUCCUCUAAAAUUUGGCACAAAAUUUGUCUUUUCCCAGUCUCCAACAGAUGCCCAUUUUCUCUUUAAUAAAAUUGUUAAUUUGUUUUUAAAAUCAGGUCUAUCCACUGACAACAGAGGAAGUUGAAAUUGCUUAUCUUUAAAGGAUUAUACUCUAAAGGCUUUGAACCUAAGCACAGAGGUUUGGAAAUUACUAACAUGAAUGCUUAUCACUAUUUUACUUCCAAGCGCUUCAUAAAUAUCUGCUGACUGAUCCUCUUCAAUGUUCCCUUGCCAGAGAAGAGCUAUACUUGAGAGAGAAACCUACCACAACACUAUGUGAAAAGUGGGAAUUCAAGCCAAAGAUUUCAUUAGAAUUUGUAGAUUUUACUUUCUGCUUGCUAAAAAAAAAAAACAACCAAAAAAACCUCUUCCUUUCUGCCUUUGCAUUUGAAAUAGCUAAGCGGGUGUGCAGGAAAAAGGUGAGAAGGGGUUAGAACCCUCUGAAGGUUUAUGCAAAUAUACCAUAAAACUUCAUGUAUCAUCAACAGUAACAGGGCACUUCUGCAGCAGUCUCAGCCUGUCAAUAUAUGUCAGCCUAGCUGAAUUAUUAUCUUCUUUGUAGAUUUAAAUUUCUGUUUAAAGCUUAUCAUUAUAAUAGUUUAACAUAUUUCACUCCAGCUGUUCAUUUAUAUACUAAGGGUCAUGUCCAUGGACAACUCGUAUGUAGUGUUUUGUUUUAUUUCAGUGCAUAUGCUCAGCAAUUUUGAUUUUGGAUGGUGUUAAGUAAUUGACAGUUUCUAUCUCAAUCUUUAAUAUUUAUUCUAUACCAUAGGAUUUCAAACUCUGCAAUAAAAUUGGAGGAAGAUAGAGGUUGGCGAGGGCUGCCAUUGCUCAGGGACUACUAGCUUGGCAUCAGUUGGUGUUGAGCCUUUUUUUUUUUUACAUCACUUGUUUUUCUUGUUAUUGUUGUUCUGUUUUGGUUUUAAUUUUUCUCUCUUUUUUAUUUUUUUUCCCCCACACUCCUUUUUUAAUUAUUAAACUUCCUUUAUUUCAACUCAUUCAUUCUUGCACUUCUAUCUUUUAUAUUCUCUCCCCCAUCACACUGAGAGGUGGUGUGAGGUUGCAGCCGUGCAGUUCUUAUCUGCUUACCUGGAUUAAACCAUGUCAAAUUUGGACAAAUCCAGUCCUUCAAGCUGCAUUUUACGUGUGUGAUGUGGAGUUUUCAUUAAGUGACCCAACACUACUUUUCCCAGAAUUCAAGCUUAUCCUUCAUAAAUCCUUAGUGGGAAGCUGAAGUACAGAUCUCCCGGUUAAUUUGGGGGACAUAAAUACACUAGACAGAAGAUUAUUUGCUGAUUUCGGAUAGAUGUUCUGAUCCAUUCACACUUGUAUACUCCAGUCUGCUUCACACAAUCUUUCAACAAUCUUUCAGCACAAUUUCACUGUAUCAUUGUCCUAUGCUGCCAAUUUGACUUCCUUCCUUCCUUCCUUCCUUCCUUCCUUCCUUCCUUCCUUCCUUCCUUCCUUCCUUCCUUCCUUCCUUCCUUCCUUCCUUCCUUCCUUCCUUCCUCAGAACAGAAAUCUAGAAAUUAAGGAACCAUUGUCAUGGAUAUGAUCAGCUUCUCUGAAAUGACAGAACUAAGGAAUGGAUAUAAUCCUCUAAAGAAAAUAAAAGGAAAAUAUAAAUCUUUGCAUAUAAAAUGUUCUAUAGGCCUGAUCCAGCUCAUUCUGAAAUUAAUUCAAAGCUCUCAAUAUCACAGAGCUCCUUGCCAUGGUGAAUAUUUAGUUGGUAUGUCUUGCUCCAGAGUCUCUGAAGACAGUGUGAAUGUGCAUUCAUGAAUAUAUUCAGCACUGCCAUUCCACUUAUCCAGGAGUUAAUAUGUUCACACAUUCAUUCUAGUCAAUUUUCUCAACCUUCUAUAUGAGAAUUUUUAUCGACCUAUCCAAAUAUAUUGCAGAUCACAGAAUAUUUUUUUUCAGAAGGAACUGCUGGAAGUCAUCCAGUCUAACGCCUGUUCAAUGCAAGAUUGUUAAGAGCAUCAUGGUAAGGUCAGCCACGUCUUUUUCUUGCUGAGUCUUGAAAACAUUUAGUGAAGGACAUACUAAAUAUUCUCUGAAAUAUGUUUUCAACUGCUGUUCAUCACUCCUAAGGAAAAAAAAAGUAAAAUUAAAUAAUUUUUUAAAAUCUAAUUAAAACUUCCCAAGCUGCAGCUUCUUGCUGUUAACUUUUAUUAUACCACAGGGAAGAUCUUGCUUCUAGUGUUUUUGUAAAUCCCUUUUCAGUACCUACAGACAGCUCUUAGAUUGUCAGUUGGUCUCCUCUUUGUCAGAUUAAACAAGCCUAACUCUCAACUGGUCUUCAGAAGCCACUUGUUUAGACUCCUUAACAUCUUGGUAGGCCUUUGCUGAGCUUUUUCCAAUUUCUUAACCUUGAACUGAGUUUAGGAGGCUCCAGGUACUGGCAGACUUCCUUGGAUGAUAACUUUGGUGAAGACUAAUAAAUUUUUCCUGUGCAGGAAGGACUCACUGGCUUUUGGCUCUCAUCACAUCCUAUUCCUAUCUGAAGUUCUAAUGUGAAGAGCUGAAGCUGUUCUCUGCUUUCCACAAUUUGCAAGCUUCCAGCUUGCAUUGCCCUAUAAGUUCAUCUUUUCUUCUUGCUCCUGUGUUGUCUUGGUUAAGGUAAUCACACUACCACAGGAAGAACUGUGACCCAUGGCAUAUCAACAUUAUUUAUGGGCUCUUUUUUCAGCACACAAUACAUCUGUAUGCAUGUGUGUGUCCCCGCCAUUGCACCCUUGUCAUGCUCACUGCAAAGCUAAUUGUUUCCAUCCUGGUUUUAUACAUCUUAUUUGAGGUCAUCUUAGUCGCUGGCAAGCCUUAGGCACCGAUAGUGACAAAGCCUGAUAUAAGUCUGCACUAUCCUUGCAUGACAGACAGUGAUGAUCACUUCCCUUGAGAACGUCAAAUCCAAGGCAUGCUGCUUCCUGAUAGUUUCUGGUCUGAAAGAGCUGUUUCUGCUGUUUCUUCUUCUCUAUUUGAAUAAGACUAUAUCACGCAUAUGUACCUCCCUAAGAGAAAUCCAUGCACUGAAUAGAAACGUUAAUGAAAACAGUUUAAUCGGUGUAGAGCUGCUUUAAAUGCAGAUGAGCCAGUCUUUUUCUGCAUAGGAUGAAACAUAAAGAAUAAAUAUGUAUAAACUCUUAUGCAAAAGGUCAGACAAAAUUGACUUCUUUUACAACCUUGAAACUUGAAUUCAACUCUAUUUUCACCCAAAGUGCUGCAAGAUCCUAUUAUCUGUGUAGCAAAUUAACCACAACUGUCAAAAAAUUGGUUUUCACACAUAUGUAUCUGUACCAGAAGUCCAUUGGCUAUACGCAUGGGGCUGCAGAUCUUGAAGUAGCUUCUGCCUCUGAAAAUAUGCAACUGUGACACGGUGAAUAGUGCCACCCUUAUUGCAAUUCAGCAUGCCUUUCAGUCUUUGAAAGCUAUCAGCUACAAACACAUACAGCUUAUCCAAAGCGACCAGAAAACCUCCACAUAAAAGAUGAGUCUCAAACAAUUCCUUUUUUUGGAGUGGGUGGGUUGAGUACUGCGACAGGCUUGUUUAUUCUAUACUUCCCAUAAAUGGGGUUACACUAAUAAGUAUACAGCUUCUGGUGCUGAAAGCCCCAGUAUUUCAAUUGUCAUGACAGUUGCUAGCAACUAAUUUAAGGAGUUUUUCAUCCCUUCUUGAAAGCAUAAGUGCUAGUAGAAAUCUACUUACCCCAGUCCAGGAGAAAUGCUCACUUACUCUUUGCUAUUUUCAUAUGGAUAAGACUAACUGCAUCAUUACUAGCUGUGGAAAGGUGAAAGACAUUUCUAAUACACUAUGAUACAUACAGUUACCUGCACUGGAAAGGCUGAAGAAGAGACUGUGGGAGUCAUUUUGAUCUAAAGUGUGCAUCGCUAUCAGUUAAAAUCAUUGUGCAAAAUAUAUGUAUACAUAAAAUAUCUUUUCCCUUAUGGAAUUAUGUUCACAUAUGUAACGAAGGUGUGUUCUAUAUACAUUGUAUGCGUGUCAUACCAUACUUAGAAGCUGUUGGUGAUUAUUGAGUCUAACAGUUUUCUUCUCUCCUUGGGAGAGUUUAUUUUGGUUAUCCUCCAGAGCUCCUGUGAAGGAGUGGUUUUCUGGCUUCAUCAGCCUCAUUGGAGGACAGAUAUUGUUUUGUAUAUAAUUUGUCAAGCUCUUGGCACAUCAUUAGUCAACUAAUCUUAUCUAAGCAGUCUUGAAUUUGAUGUCUGUUAUCUCCCACCUCCAUGGUUUCCGUAGCCAAUGCAACAUGUCAAACUGAGCUGCCCUAUCUGCUGAAACAGGAAGGUUGUCACAAUUUUUUUAAUUUUCUUUGACAUCCAUCCUCUUCAAUGAAGUGUUCAUUUUUAAGCUGAUAGACCAAUGAUUUAUCAGCUUUGUCACUAUUCUCACUGAUUUUAGACUUGUAUGUAUUAGACUGUGCACUCAGUUUGGGAAAUUAGCUAUUUCCUUUUUCUGACAUUAAAUCUUCUUAUGAAGUAUGAGGGAGAUCAGUCUAGACUCCUUUGCAACUGCAUGUCUGAAAUAAAAAGAAACUACUAAAACACCACUAGAAAUUUGUAGUGUUCUCUAGGUAUAUUUUCCACUGUGUUUGUUUUGCCAAGAAAGAAGACACAUCAGUGUUUUGUCCCUUGCCUUUUAGGAUCUCAUGAUUAAGGGUGUGAGAAAGUGAAGGUAAACCCUCUGUCUGUUUAUGAUAUGACAGGAAUAUACUCCAACAAAGUGGGCAGUUAUGAUGGAGAAAGCAUAAAAGAAUGGUUUCUCACACCUUAUCCACUUCACCAAAAUUUAAAAAUCCAGAAUAUUACUGUAUGUUUGGGAAAAGCAUUGAGUCAAAAUCCAAACAUGGAUCAUUAUAGUCCAAAACACAAAGUUCAUAUCUACAUUGAAAUUUAUGUCUACGUUUUUUUUACUUGUAUUUGUCUCUGAUAGUAAGCUCCCUUAAAUACUGAACAGUUUGUCCCAUGAUUAGAUUUCUUAAACAAUGAUUUCUUUAUUAUUAACAGUAUUUUAACCACAGUCUUAGACUAAAGCCUCAACCAUCUUCAUGAAUCCCUUAAUAAAUAAUCAAUACAGUCCUUCUUUAAAAAAAAAAAAAGUAAAAUUAAGCUUAGUAGACAGAAUUACUUCUGGUGAACAGCACAAGCCUUAACUGGGAAAACUUCCCUGCUGGAGGACCUUCUUUCUUCUUUUGAGGGAGCAUAUGGUAAUUGAUCUUUAAUGUAAGCAAACCAAGGAAAUACGUGAAUCCUGUACGCUCUCUUCUCCCUCUGUUCCACAGUGCAAAUUCACACUCAGGUACUUAAUAAUAGAAAAUUGCAAAUUAUAUUCCAAAUAAAACAUAUAUGUGGGGCAGGUAUUAACUGAUGCCAUAUCUUUCCCUAUGUGCAAUGCAUAAACACAAUUACUUAGUUUUUGACUCUAGAACUAUUAUCUUUGUUUGAGGGUCUUGGAAAACUUUAAUUAAACUCUCUUUAAAGAGUAUUAAAAUUGUUACCCUUAAAAUCAGGCUCUAUUUUUUUGAUAGUUAACAUCAGCAAGGUCAUCAGAAAUAACUUCUCAGUUGUACGGUACCUAUUCAAAUUUAAUGCCUUACACUGCCGGGUUAAUUCUCAGCACAAAGGUAACACCUAAAAUUGGACCUUCAUUAUCCUUCAACUAACAUGUGGAAUAGAAUUUCAUGGACAGGAUUAAAGUUCUGUGAAGAUCUUUAUCCUAUGCUUCAAAGAGUUAGGUUUUACUUAUUUUAUUCAUAAGAAGAUACACCUUACAAUUGAAAUCUACUAUUUCCUGUAAAUAAUUAGCUCUAGAAGUGGUUUUCUUUAAGCACACUUAUACAGCUUUAAGUUAACAAGGACAAAGCUAGAGAAAUUUUAAAAAGAAAUUAUAUCUUUUCUUCAGAUAUGCAACUGAUGGAUAAUAUUGGGCUGAGUUUCAAGUAAUUAAUUUUUAUUUUAAGCAGUUUAACUUUUUUUUUUUUGUAAAAACUAUUAAAAAUCAAGAGGCUGACCCCUGGACUUACUAAUUAUUUGCACUCCUGCGUAGUGGUUGUAAAAUACUAACCUAGGUAUACAUGCCCAUGUUUGUGUACAUCUGCUGCAAAGCAAUGCGUUAGAGAUAUAUUGUUCUUCAAGUACUUCCUUUAAGGCUGAUUGUUCAGAGCAAGCAAAAUGCAUGACAGAACCGAUGCAUGAAACAGUAAAUACGAUGUUCUGAAAAUAUGGAUUUAAAGGGAGUAACUUGAUACUGAGACUGAACGUUGCAGAUGAAUACUCCAUGGUACUUGUAAUCACAUUUUUGUGGUCUGAACAUAAGUGCAACUUAUUCUGUCAUGACACACUAAAGGUUGCACUUUUAAAUGAGACAUUAUUACAUUUGAUUGAGGUAGUUAUGAUUCUCACAAAUUAUACUUCAAAUCAGACAGAAGAGGCAAUAAUUAGAGGCUGUGAGCUUGGAAAAUCUGUACUACUUAUUUUUUUAUUUGUUUAUUUUUAAGACACCGGGAUUUACAACACAUGAUCCAUCUGUCU